CCCUCAAGUCAGGGGGCUAAGAAGACAUGGAAGAAGAAACGUUUCAGGGCAGGUUCCCUGCCCUCUGGGCCACUCCCCCUGGGCUCCUCACUUUUUUGUCACUUGUCUUGUACUGCUCUUGGUCCCACUUAUCACCUAUAGAGUCUUACCCUGUUGUUGUUGUUUUUUUUUUUUUUUGCUUCCAAUUUAUGUUGCUUUUUAAUACAAAGCAAAUAUGUCUAUUUUACAUAAAUUAGAAUGUUGCUAAAUACAAUGAAAAUACCCGCCCCCCCAAUCUCCUUCUCCACCCCCUGCAGAGGUAAAUACUGCUAGCUAGCUUCCUGUUAAUUUCCAGACUAUUGCUUUGGAUAAAUACACAAGUAUUAAUAUGUUUUCUACCAAAAGGUUAUGGGGGAGGGAGGCUCAAAAGGCAUGUCCCCUGUGCUCAUACUGAGGGUGGGACGGACCAUCAUCAGGUCUGGGUGAUGUUGGAGGGUCCCUGCCUGGCUAGUUACUGUCCCAGCUGUGGCUCUCGGGUUACGAUCUGGGGGCAGAUCUGAAAUGCAACCUCUGUUUUGAGGUCAGGAUUCCUACUCCCUAACCAACAAAGUCCAAGGGACCCUCUGGCACCCCCCCCCCCCCCCCCACACACACACACACUGCUGAGGCUCCCUGUUCCUCAUGUAAAUGGAUGCCAGCUGGGGCCAUCCCAUCUGUUCUGCCUACAGCAAAGACAUCCUGGGUGCUUACAGCUGGGGCUCAGCACCCCCUCCUAGCCCACUGUAUAUAAAUACAGAGGAUCAGAGAUAAAGAAGUGUGACUGGUGAGGCAGGAGGUGGGGUCUUGAGCCAAUGUUUCUAGGAAAAGCGUAAGAUGUUGCCCCAGGGAAGGUGGGGAGGAAGAAUCAUGCUGCACCAUGCUGCCUCAUGGGAAUUCUCCCCCCCCCCCCCCCCCCCCCCGGUCUAGGGCUAGGGUUUGGUCAGAAGAUAGAUGGAGGAGAUACUAGCACCAAGGGGCCCUGGCUCUGUCUGGACAAGGAGGGAAUCUGUAAUAGAACAAUUUGAGUUGUGUAAGACAAGAGCCCAGCUCCAAGGACUUUAAAACAAAAAAGGAAUGAUUUAGGUCACAUAACUGAGAAGUUCAGGGUGCAGCUAGAGCCAGGGGCAUAGUAUGGUUAGGCAUGCAUCUCUUCAUCCCUUGGCUCUGUCUCCUUCUGUGUCAGUUUUAUUCUCAGCCAGGCUCUUUCCAGGCAGUGGCAAAGGAGUCCUUAUCCUUCCUUCCAGCUCAGCCCCGUGGGAAGGGAAACUAAUGUCUCUUUCUUAUUGGUACAGCCAAGGUUGCAGGUUGAUUAUGAUUCACCUGAAUCCUAUACCCAACUCUGAACUAAUUAUUUCAGGAAGAGGAGUGGAAUAUGAAGAUUGGCCAGGCCUAUUUCUCUCGCUCACACCUGGAGCUAGGGAGUGGGGUUAGCGCCCCCAACAGGCACAUGGGUAGAAGAGGGAAGGCCCCAAAGUUCAGCCAGGAUUGGGGAAGGGAAUCUGGGCACAGGUCAACACUAACAGGUAUCCUUGGAAGUGAAGCCAGGAGGUAUGGUAGGAAUGCAGGAGGCAAGAUGGCGAGUGGGCCAAAUGGGCUCGAGGAGUGGGUGGGCAGCGCAUACCUGUUUGUGGAGUCCUCGCUGGAUAAAGUGGUCCUGUCUGAUGCCUACGCUCACCCCCAGCAGAAGGUGGCGGUGUACAGGGCUCUGCGGACUGCACUGGCAGAGAGUGUUGGGAGUCCGGAGGUGCUGCAGAUGCUCAAGAUCCACCGCAGUGAACCGCAGCUGAUUGUGCAGGUGCGUUUCUGCGGACGCCAGCCCUGCAGCCGCUUCCUGCGAGCUUACCGCGAGGGGGCGCUGCGCGCCGCGCUGCAAGGGUGCUUGGCAGCAGCACUCGCCCAGCAUUCGGUGCCGUUGGAACUGGAGCUGCGCGCUGGCGUGGAGCGACUGGAUACCUUGCUGACGGAUGAAGAGCGCUGUUUGAGUUGCAUCUUCGCCCAGAAGCCUGACCGGCUCCGGGACGACGAGCUCUCUGAGUUAGAGGAUGCGCUCCGGAAUCUGACAUGCGGCUCGGGGGGCCAGGGUAGCGACGUGGAGGUCGCUCCGGUGCCCUCACAGUCCCUGGAUGCCUCUCUCUCAGACGAGAAGCCGCCGCCGCCGCCGCCGCCGCCGCCGCCAUCUGGCCAGACUUUUCUGUUCCAGGGUCAGCCCAUAGUGAACCGGCCGCUGAGCCUGCAGGACCAACAGACGUUCGCGCGCUCAGUAGGCCUCAAGUGGCGCAAAGUGGGGCGCUCCUUGCAGCGAGGCUGUCGUGCGCUGCGGGACCCGGCGCUCGACUCACUGGCCUAUGAGUACGAGCGCGACGGGCUGUAUGAGCAGGCCUUCCAGCUGCUGCGGCGCUUCGUGCAGGCCGAGGGUCGCCGCGCCACGCUGCAGCGCCUGGUAGAGGCACUAGAGGAGAACGAGCUCACCAGCCUGGCAGAGGACUUGCUGGGCCUGGCGAAUCCCGAUGGCGGCCUGGCCUAGGCUGGGUACCAGAGAAAGGGACGAUCGGCCAGUUGUCCAGCCCAGGUUUGGAGCACUUGGAUGACCCUAGAGUCCCUUCUGCUGCUACUGCUGAGCUCUGUCCAUCCAUGGGACUCUGAGACCACACUUAUAACCCCACUUAGCCGAACUGUUGGAGCUGCUGGGCAGUGUUGAUUGCCUUCUUCAAGAGUUGGGCAAGCACCCACCAUGCCUACUGGGGUGCCACUGGGGAUUUGGCUCCAGAUACUAUGACAGAGACAGAGUGCAUGGGUAACCUGCUGCAGCAGUCUGCCCACCCCAAAUGAAGGGCUUCUGGCCAGCCCUUACCUCUUCACUCACUGAACAGGUAACUGCUCAUUAAGCACUGCUGUGUCCCAGUUAUCAUCCUGGUGCUGUAAAUACUGUGGUGAACAAGAUACAUGAAACUGCCUGCCCCCAGUUCAUACUCAGUGUCGGACUGCAGAUAUUAAGCAACUGUAAUAAAAGAUCACCUGUU